AUGCGGGAAUUAAGUCAAAACAGCACACACUUUCUUGGAGUACAAAACAAAAGGCCAGAGUGGUUUUAUUAUCAUCAAAAAUCAAUUCAUACCCUCAAUCAAGUUUCGUCUCUAAAGCUCUUCGAAGAGAUUGAAAUGGCAAAAAGUAUAUUCAAGCAAGAACAUGAUCUUGAAAAAAGGAGAGCAGAGGCUGCUAGAAUUAGAGAGAAAUACCCUGAUAGGAUUCCUGUGAUUGUGGAGAAAGGGGAGAGAAGUGAUGUUCCUAACAUCGAUAAGAAAAAGUACCUUGUUCCAGCUGAUUUGACUGUUGGUCAAUUUGUUUAUGUGAUACGCAAAAGGAUUAAACUGAGUGCUGAGAAGGCCAUAUUCAUCUUUGUUGACAAUGCCCUGCCCCCAACAGGGGCAAUUAUGUCCGCGAUAUAUGAAGAAAAGAAGGACGAUGAUGGUUUCUUGUAUGUUACCUACAGUGGAGAGAACACGUUUGGAGAUGAUUGACAUUUUAUAUGUUUUCAUCACAUUUUCCAAUAAUGGAUUAUAUUUUCUUGGAAUCUUGUUCUUUUAUCAAGAAUUUGACUACAAUCAUAUAAUUGGAGAAUUGUAUAUAAUCUAAAACUUGAAGAAUGGGUUUGUUAAUAAUCAUUUACCUUUUAUUUUUA